CCCAGCACGUUGGUGCCCCUGAAUUAUAGAUGAAAGGCUGCAAACAUGCAGAUCGUGGUCGCGCCUGCGAAACAACGAGCGCUCGCGACCAGGAGAUGAGAUCUGAGGACUGCUGAUCCAGCCGUCUGUCGGUCGGGGCGGGCGGGCGCGCGCCUGUGUGUGCGUGUGUGUGUGAGUGCGCGUGUGUGUGUGUUUUUAUCCUUGUGCUGAAUCCACUCCACCGCGCGGACACACCGACGGAGGCGCGAUGCUGGGAUGCUGGAAAUCCGGGACGGCGCUCGCGCUCGCGCUGCUGAACGCGUGGCUCCUCGGUACCGGAGCCUCCAGCCGGGGCGCGCGCUCACAGCACCUGCUGGUGCAGCUGCACGAGGGGGCCGACGAGGACGGCCAUCAACUUGCAGUGGACUAUGGAUUUGGAAGCGCGAGGAAGCUUCCCUUCGGCGAGAGGCUUUUUCAUUUCUACCCGCGGGACACUCCCAAGACCAGGAGGAAACGCAGCCUUCGCCAUCGCCAGCGUCUGGAGAAGGACCGGCGGGUGAAAAAUGUGAUCGCUCAGGAGGGUUUCGACCGUCAGAAGAGGGGCUACCGCGACAUCAACGACAUUGACGUCAGCAUGAACGACCCGCUGUUCUCCAAGCAGUGGUAUCUUAUAAAUACAGGCCAGGCCGACGGCACUCCUGGGCUGGACCUCAACGUGGCUGAAGCCUGGAAGAUGGGCUACACUGGAAAAGGAGUGACCAUCGCUAUAAUGGAUGAUGGUAUUGACUACCUGCACCCAGAUCUCGCCUCAAAUUAUAACGCAGAAGCCAGCUAUGACUUCAGCAGCAAUGACCCGUACCCGUACCCGCGCUACACGGACGACUGGUUUAACAGUCAUGGGACCAGGUGUGCUGGAGAAGUGUCUGCAGUGUCUAACAACAACAUCUGUGGGGUGGGAGUGGCCUACAACUCCAAGGUGGCAGGGAUCCGUAUGCUGGACCAGCCUUUCAUGACGGACAUCAUCGAGGCCUCCUCCAUCAGCCACAUGCCGCAGGUCAUCGACAUCUACAGCGCCAGCUGGGGACCCACGGACGACGGCAAGACGGUGGACGGCCCCCGCGAGCUCACGCUGCAGGCCAUGGCAGACGGCGUCAACAAGGGCCGAGGGGGGAAAGGCAGUAUCUACGUCUGGGCCUCGGGAGACGGUGGUAGCUAUGACGACUGUAACUGUGAUGGCUACGCCUCCAGCAUGUGGACCAUCUCCAUUAACUCGGCCAUCAACGACGGGCGCACCGCCCUCUACGACGAGAGCUGCUCCUCCACGCUGGCCUCCACCUUCAGCAACGGCCGCAAGAGGAACCCGGAGGCGGGCGUGGCAACUACAGAUCUGUAUGGAAACUGCACGUUGCGUCACUCUGGAACAUCAGCCGCCGCUCCUGAGGCUGCUGGCGUGUUUGCCUUGGCGUUGGAAGCCAAUCCUAACCUGACGUGGAGGGACAUGCAGCACCUGACCGUGCUCACCUCCAAGAGGAAUAAGCUCCAUGAUGAAGUGCACCAGUGGAGAAGGAACGGCGUGGGCCUGGAGUUUAACCAUCUGUUCGGUUACGGCGUGCUGGAUGCCGGCGGCAUGGUCAAGCUGGCACAGGACUGGAAGACUGUGCCAGAGCGAUUCCACUGCGUGGCCGGCUCUGUUCAAGAGAUGCAUAAGAUCCAGUCAGGCGAGAAGCUGUCUCUCUCCAUCUCCACGGAUGCCUGCCAGGGCAAGGAGAACUUUGUGCGCUACCUGGAGCACGUUCAGGCCGUGGUGACGGUGAACGCCAGCCGGCGCGGCGACCUGAACAUCAACAUGACCUCGCCCAUGGGCACCAAGUCCAUCCUGCUGAGCCGCCGGCCGCGAGACGCCGACGCCAAGGUGGGCUUCGACAAGUGGCCCUUCAUGACCACGCACACCUGGGGCGAGGACCCGCGCGGCACCUGGCUGCUGGAGGUGGGCUUCCAAGGCGACGCCCCACAGAGCGGCAUGCUGAAGGAGUGGACUCUCAUGCUGCACGGCACGCAGAGUGCCCCUUACAUAGACCAGAUAGUGAGGGACUACCAGUCCAAACUGGCCAUGUCCAAAAAGGAGGAGCUGGAGGAGGAGCUGGACGAGGCUGUGGAGCGGAGCCUCAAGAGCCUGAUGAGUAAAAGCAACUAGACCCCCCCAGGACGGCCCUGCAUGAUGCCCGGCUUUACCUUUACCUCUGCUUCUUUCUUUGUCCUCUCCCCUCAAUCAUCCUCUCUUUCUCUUUCUCUCUCUCUCUCUGUGCUUCUCUCUCUGCUUCUCACUCUUCAGUCUAUAAGUGUAUUUUCCUUCCCGUCCUCUCGCUUCUCCAUUCUUCAAUGAGAAAUGUUCAUUUUUCCCUCCUCCUACGGUUCCAGACUCUCCUUCUGAAUGAAUGAUUCAUGUAGCCCCAUCAUAAUAAAAAAGUAUAUUCUCAAAAAUGAUAAUCUGCCAAUGAUCUACAGUACAGAUGAAAAUAUUACAUUCUGCCUUCUGUAUUACUGUCUAUUCUAUUUUUAAUUCAUUUACACAAAAUGUAUAUACACAUUAUAUAUGAAGAAACUCUAUAUAUAUAUAUAUAUACAGUAUACUAUAAGUUCUUGCUGUCUCGUCACCUCUGCAAAGAAACCUGUUGUACAGUUUGUGACUGUAAAUGACUUUCUGUGUUACUCUACUCUACAUACUGUACUUACCUACUUACCGUUUAGUACUUUCCAAACACAGCAGUGAUACUUCUUUCUGUUCUAUUUUUGCAAAGAUGAGCUGUUUAUAUCUACCUGAAGAUGGAGACUGAAUGUGUGAUCACAGUUUGUGGCCAACAACAGCAUAUUUCAUAUCCUUCAGUAUAUCUAAUAAUAAACCUGUUCUGGUGUUUGUUAAAGCA